ACCACUCUCUCUCCUAUUUUUUCUCUCUCCUAAAAUAUUACUAUCAUUACAUUAUCUUUAAUAUAUGUGUAGUUUUUUUUUGGCUGAUUUGGUACCAUGGCCCACAUUACUGUAGCAAUGAAUUUUUGCCAUUGCUAUGGGCAUUUGAGGAUUUCCUCAUAAUGCUCAUGAGUGGGAAGCCAAAAUUUCAUUUAUUUUCAUUAAAUUCUCCUCAUGGGCAAAAAGAUGCCCAUGAGUGAGAGGAGGCAGGACUAAUCAAAAGUGGUGAGGGUCCAAUUGGUAGCAAGAAGGGGUAAAAUUGUAUUUUCGCCACUUAAGUUAGGGGUCAGCUGGGCAAGGAAAACGGAGGCCGUUAUGCUGGAGAUGAAAUUUUCACGAAAAUUUCAUUACGCGCGCAAUGAAAGCUAAAAUUUGGACUGACAGUUUUCCACUUUUGGUAAAGCAAGAGAGAAAAAGCUCGAUCAAGAGAGAGAAAGUGCGAGCAGAAGAGAGAGAAAGCUCGAGCAAGAGAGAGAAAGUGCGAGCGGAAGAGAGAAAGUUCGAGCAAGAGAGAAAGUUCCAGCAAAGAGAGACAAAGUGGGAGCAAAGAGUUGAGCAUUCAUCUCUUUUUGUUCAAGGUUUGCUUUGUGUUGAAUUCUUGUAACAAUGACAAAGAGCAUGGGAAAGAAAGUCACUUGUAGAGGUAGAUGGGGGAGGAACUUGAGGCAGGUGAUGGCUGUUAAACCAGUUAAUACAACGAAGAAAGCUAAAAAAGAAGAAUCUCAAUGCAACCAAUGUAGUAAAGCUCAACAUGAUCAAAGCGACGAUGACCAGGAAAGCAGUUCCUCUAGUUCAGAUUAUGCUACUGAUUCCUCAGAGUCCUCGGAGCAGCCUAAAAGAGGAAAGAAAAAAAUGGUUGCGUCUAAGACGUGUAAGAGAUCAGAGAGUAGAAGGUCUGGAAAGGUUGAUGUUCCUGAGAGUUCUUCAUCCAAAAAAAAAAAAAUUGGUCGUACGGAGGUCAAGAUUGCUGACCCUAAAUUUGAGAUAUCUGCUGGUGAUAGAGUGCGUAAUAAAGGCCUGGUCAUUUACACUCAAAAACAAAGGGCAAGAAAUAGGCCUUCCAAUGUAAUUUGUAGGGUUGAUGCUUGGAGCAAAAUGAUAAAUGAGCUUGAUGAGACGAGAGUUAUGGCUGUCAAGGGAAUGGGUUUCGGUGGGUUGUUGGAAAUUAAGCUAAAUUUCCUCCCACGUCAACUAUGUUAUUGGUUGAUGUCAAGGAUUGUUCGCGAUGCCCUUGUUAUUGGUGAUAUGGAGUUCCCUUUGUGCCCCAUCCAAGUUAAUUGUGUUCUUGGGUUGCCUACUGGACCGUUACAAGUCCCACAUGUUGAAGGUGUUGGAGAAGCAACUCCUGAGUUGGUUGAUGUUGUUGUUAUUAGAUAUGGUACUCUUCAAGAAAAUAUUGACGAAGAUGGGAAUGUUAGGUCCAUUGUCAAAAUCUGUAUAGAUGAUGCUAUGAAUGAUGUAGAAGGUCCUAGGGUCGAAAAUGGUGUAGCUGUACCAUUGGGUAGUGAUGAUGAUAUACAAAAAUUUCAGACGACUUUCCUUGUUGCUGCUUUGGGAAUGAUUUUGUGCCCCACAACAGAUGGUAGUGUCCUUGCAACGAGCUUGCUCCCCGCUGUCACAGUAGCAUCUAAUGCUAGGAUUUACGAUUGGUGCAAAUUUGUUCUAGACUGGCUCUUAGAUUAUGCUAAGAUGUUUCUGAAAAGGUUUAAUGCCAAGGGAUAUGCUGGUGGUUGUGGAGGGUGUACACUUUUUUUGGCGGUAAUCUCCUACUUAUACAACAAAUAUUCUAAUUCCAUUCUCCUAUGCAUUAACAUUUUGUAUUGGUGUGCAAAUAUUUUACUUGGAUCGCUUGAAAAGACCACCAGUUGAAUGGAAUGUUUUUUCACGGGUGAUG